AGCAUUUAUCAUCACAUCACCUCCCAAGAGAUUGAUCAUCACCAAACGCGGGCCAGGUGUGGCGCACCGUGAGAAAAACUGCCGAUUCCCGACAGGCUGUACCCGCGCCGCGUUGUGACUCUUGUGAGCUAAAUUUUGACCAACGGUCACCAACCCAACUUCGACGCAGCUGGAUGUUCAUUGGAAGUGAACUCGCCAUGGAAUUUUUGCUGCUAGCGGCCACAUGGUCAUCGUGGAAUCACAAAGGCAGCCAUCAGCAAUUCGCAAAACAUUCGGUUCUAGAAUUCACAAACACUGUUGCGCGGUCGCCAGUCAACAUUGCGCCGGCCACGAUGAUGUUACUGAUGCCUGCGCACCUCUGCCUCCCUGUGUCCAUCCACUUCAGCUUAUUGCUUGAGGUUCCCAUGAUCAUUUACACUGCUUUGUUGAUCAUGCAGGAUCACAAUAUUCGGUAUCCUUUUCUGCGAACAGCUCUGCAGUAAUAUACCGUGCUGUCGCGAAACUAAGGCAAACGCUACACUGAUGUUGCACUGAAGCAUACUAGGACAAUAACCGUGACCG